UCAGCACUUUUCCCGUUUAACUCAAAUCUUUUCGUCACUUGAAACUUUGCGGCAAAAUGGAGCUUGUCAAGUUAUCACAAUUCAAGAUCCAGCUUCAUGCCCUAAUUUCCGAGUUUCGCGAUCUGAAAGUAAAGUACUUCUUGAACCCAAAUUUUCGUAUUCCCGAAAUCCUCAUUUUGUUAGCAUUUAAACUUUCGUAGGUAAGAGAACGCCAUGCUUCUGAGCAGCUCCAGCUUAUGAUCCAGAAUCAAAAGCUAGCCGAGGAAGAAUUCAACGGGAAAUUGGCUGCAGUAAACGCGGAACUGUAUUUGUCGAAUGAGCUAAGUCAGAAGCUAGACAGAAAGCUGAGAUGGCUACAAAAUGACAAUGAUAUGCUUGAGAGCCAGCUGAAAGAGAUGAAGGGAACCAUAAACAGCAUUCUUGAAUCCAGAGACAGUUUCAUUAAGGCUUAUGAGUUUCUGCCACUUUAAGUUUGCAGGGUUCUACUUGUGAAAUGCAACGGGCUAUUGAAUCCAGAGAUAGAAAAAUUGAUAUCCUUUCCGAAAAGAUAAAAGCUCACUCCAUGUGGUUUGCUUCAAUUGAAAAGGAGGCUUCCUCCAUCAGGCAAAUAGUCGAUGAUGCACAUAGUGUUCUGAUUGCAAGAGAGGAAGUAGUUGUUGAGUUAAGGAGUAAAGUUGAUGAGGUUUCAACACUUGAGACACUGUUUCUAGGAAGGAUAAAUAACCUGGAAAGAGAAUUGAGGAACAAGGAACUCGAGGUUAGGAAAAGGGACAAAACUAUUCUGAAUCUGGAGUGGCAACUUGAGGCAGCAAAUCUAAAAAGGGACUUCCAACCAAAGAUUGAGGAGCUUCAGCAAGAUCUGUCAGUGAAGGAACUAAUUAUUCAGAACUUAGUGUCACAGAACAAGGAGUUACACUUUGAAGUAGCCGCUUUAGGUGUGCUCAUGAAGAAGAUACAGGAUGGUCUCUCAAGUAUGAGUGAAGGGGACAGAAAGAUUUUCACUUCUGUGUUUGAACAUCAAGAGAAUGUUACUAUUGGAAAGGAAGAGGAAGCUUUAAGUAAUAUUCAAGGCCUGAGGGAGAAAGGUGAAGCUCAAAAUGAAAAAGGAAACAUUCAAGACAAGUCUUUGGUCACAGAGGAAACCACGACUCUGCCUGAAUUUGAAGAUGGUAAGAACUCAUUGAAGAAGGUUGGGGAACUCGAUUCCUUUGCAUCUGAGUCUGUUGGCUCUUCUUCUUCUGAAUCAGCAAACCAGGAGCUGCUGAAAAUCCAUUAAACUCGCCAAGAGGUUAUAUGUGGAUUUCCACACCACAGUAGGCAGGCCUGUCAUCUAAACAUGCUGUGCUGAUAAAUAGCGAAGAUAACAGAAGCUUCGUCCGACAUGGAGAUUUUAUAGGUGCAAGCGGGUUGAUGAUAAUUAUUAUUGUUGUUGUUAUUAUUAUUAUUAUUAUUAUUACUAUUAUUAUUAUUAUUAUUAUUAUUAUUAUUAUUAUUAUUAUUAUUAUUAUUUAUGUUAUUAUUUUUCAUUCUAUUGUUAUGAAUACAUUUCGGGAGAAGGGUCAAAAAUGACAUUAACGUUUUUAAUGAAUCUCGAAUUGGACAUCAAACUUUUAAAUAGACCAAAUAAACACACAUUCAACCUUAUUCCGUGCUUUUCAGCCACCCGCUAACCUUUCCGUUAAAUAGGCGUUAAAAAGUUACUCAUUCUAGUUUGAAGUUAUUACUCCGUAUUAAAGGAAAGGAAAAGUCUUGAUUCCCUCUUACAAUACCAUCCGAAUUACUCCCGUUAUCUACCCAACAGGAUUUUCAAUUGUUUUUCUAUCCUCCUUCACACCGCCCUUCUCCUUUCCAAUUUUCCAUGCCACAAGGUCGAUUUCUCUGUGCUUAUCACUUAUACUCUGCUGCUCCUGUCUGACAUGGCUGAGUCAAACUAGACUUUGAGUUCCCCUGCCCAUUCUUUUCCACGCAUAGAGAGAGCUCUGGUACUCUGGUAGGAGGGAACUCAUACUCUACAUAAGGGUUUCAUUAAUGACUAACCAAAGUGUGUUCAGUUAAUCACCCAUGAGCAGACUCACAAUGGAUUGCGGAAGCAUAGCACCAAGUUAUGUCUUAAACAAUUUCAAGAGGUUGUUUUGUAUAGAAUCCCACUUGAAACUCUCAAUUCAAGACAACUUUCUGAGUCAUCUUCUUAGAAAAUCCAAGUCUAAAUACAAAAUACAUUAAACAUUCCAAGAAUUUUUCACAUAGAUUUAUGGAUGGCCAUGAUUUAGGGUCUGAUCUCUUCCUCCAAGUCUCCAACUUUCUCUAUAGAUAACUGAUAACCUAAGCCAUGAUUUCUUAAGCUUUGAAGAACCUAAGCCCUCCCUUCCUCCUGAACUGGGAUUAGGACUUUGGGGUGUGAAAUCUUUGACGUUAGCGAGCUUGUCCUUAUCCUUGAAGCUAGCGGUUAGAUUGGAUGUCGGAGACGAUUUACUGGGAGAGUCGUUGUUCUUGGAUGCAGAACCAGAGUUUGUGAUGGUCCCGGAUAGAGGUAAAAGUCUAGAGGGGGGGGUGAAUAGACUUUUAAAAUCUUUUUCAACUUUGUGAAGUUUUCCCUCUAGAUGAGUUGAUCUAUAAUCUUUUAAGAGAUUAAUAGAUGCACAGCGGAAGUCUUUAACCUCUUUAUACUUGGUGUGAGACAACUUUCUAGUUUAGAUGAUGUUUAGACUGGUGAUAAGAGGAAGUAGGCUUGGCAGUAGACUGGUGAGCAGAUAACUGCUUAGUCUACUGCUGCACAGGCAGUUUGCUGACUGGCAGGCAACUGCUGAGUUGGCAGUCGACUGGUGGGCAGGUUACUGCUGAGGCAACUGUUAAGAACAGGAUGACUUUUGGAUGGCUUUUUGUUCUGGCUUGUUAUGGCGUUCGGAAAGACACAUAUAAAUGGGCAGUGGGCUCAGCAGGAGGGUGAAGACCAGGG